GUCAGCCAAGAAGUAAAGCAACGUAUUAUUGCUAGGGCGCCCACACGACCUUAUCGUUUCGAUUUUGAAAACAACGAGGAUGAAGAGAGAGCGAUUGCUGAAGCAAUUGCAAGAGAAGAAGAACUUAUGCGACAGGAAGAAGCUGACAAAGGAGGACGGCCAGAGCCGGGAGCCAGAGAUCCAGCAGGUCGGCCUUAUGACGAAGAUCCUGAAGAACAUGCACGAAUGGUGCCGUCUCAUUUCGGAAUGGGCUUUUAUCCUCAGCCUGCUAUUCCCCGAUACACAUCCAACUUGGCUGUUCACAGGGACGACAGCCCUGACACCCGAGCUGUGAAGCAGGUGCUCGAAACGAUGGUAAUGCAAGCUUGCCGCUGGGAUAAGCAGUUUGGAUGGUACAAAAACCUACUAAUGAAGCCAUCCAGGCCACAUUUCGAUAGAUUCAAGUACAUGCUUUCACAUUUUCCAUGCGUCGCAUGUUCACAAAUCAAAGAGAGACAGUCCUCGCUGAGCAUAUUGACAGGAUUACGCAAGGAAAUUAAUAAAAGGAGAACACGAUUGGAAAACAAAGCUGAGGAGAUGUGUGGAUUACCGACUCCGUGGAGGAAAUCGCGUAUGAAAUCUCACAUGAGAGGUGAAUGUUUGAGCAACAAAGCAAUGCUCUCUUUGAGUCAAAACUAG